CUACCUGCACUCUGAGCCCAUGCACAUUCUGUCCCAUUGACUUAAAUGGGGGCAGUUUGUGGGGCUGACUCCCUUUGAGUUUUCUGCUUCAGAUUUUUUGAACACCAACGUGCAGGUCAUCUGGAGUUUGCUAGUACCUCCUACUCACCCGCAAGCGCUCUGGUUAUGCAUCCAUAUGGAUCAUAACAUUUCCAGCUCUUUCCGAAAUAAACAACGGUUUGUGGUGAAAGGGUUUAUAGCGGUUCCUCAAUAAACGUUAAGGCGGUUCUGUCUAGGUCCAAGACUUCCACAGUCACAUCAAACUAGCAUUUGAUUUUGACCAUAAGCAUUUUAAAUAAGUACUUUAUUUUUUACCAUUUAGGAUAAGCAUUUCAAAGAAGGAACACGUGGCAGAUUGUUUCUGACUAUUUGCAGAUUAUUUUGUUUCUCUCUUCCCCCCCCCCCCCCGCGCUUCCCUUUUUCACCUUUUUGCUGCUGGCGUCCCAGAGUCUGUGUAGUAAAUAAGUUUACAUAGGAAAAUCAUCUUGGCUACUUUGAUUUAAUUGCUUCCUUCGCGCCUCCUGUCCGGCACCCGGCGAAAAGAAAGGGCAGCAGCGCAGGCGUAGUUAUCUGGGCUCAGCAAGAGGUGCAAGGGGGGUACCAUGCCCUGUUGACCUGCCUGGCUCUCCCCCGCAGGAAAAAAGAGCGUGCGAAACAACCCGUGUCUUGCUGUUUGGGGCCCCAGCCAAAACACCGAAGGGUUCCGUGCUUGCUGGGCUGCUCGGUUGGUGGCUGGCUCAGGCCGACAAGCCGGCUGCGCUGAGGGGGCGGGCGGAGACAUAAAUUGGCGGGGCGAAGCCCGGAGGGACCAGUUGAGACUUUCCAAGGAAGCUUACACGGAGGACAGCAAGCGAGGCUCGGCCAGGAGGCGGCAGCAGAGACGGCAGCGUGUCAUCGUCCCGCCGAGAAGCGAGCGAGCGAGCAUGAAUGCGGCGACUUGGGUGCUGCUGCUGCUGGUUGCGGUGCUGAGCGGGUGCAGCUCCGAAGAAGAAACCCGCCCGGUAAGGCGUACUUCGAAUAUUAAAUGUGAGCAAGAAAUUGGGCCUCCUGUUGACUGGCGGAUGCAGCAAAGCUAUACACCAUCAGAUCUUGAUAAACUGCAUGCUGAGGUAGUUGAAAAAGAUGGAAUAUGCCAAUUUAAUAUUACCUGGAUCAUUAAGGAGAAUGCCAGCAUUCAAUACCUUCACGCCACCACGAUAUGUGUAGCAGCAUCUGGACUUCUGGUUUGUGUUAGGUGUGAUUACACUGAAAAGUUUCAAAGCCAAACUACAAUUCAUCAUCAAAGAUGGCAGUUCCACUAUGUUGGAUUCCCUGUAGAAGAAAAUACCAAAUACAUUGUUUACGCUUACAACCUACCACCAGCAAAUCCAGGAGAGGAUGCUGCAUCAGUUCACGUACAGCUCUCUUCUCCAGGUUGUGAAGAGAAUGCAAUGAAAUGUGUCAAAACUUGUGAAGAAAAAGGAAGCUUGUGGAAUCCAAACAUUACUGUAUGCAACAUGAAUUCAGAAGUAGAAGUGAAUUUUACAGCUAGUCGUUUAAGUACCAAAUAUAGAAUCCUCCUGUGUGAGUCUGAUGAGUGCUCUCAUCUAAAUGAUCCAACUUAUCACGUUGUGUUUACUGCCAAGGAGAAUGAUACAAGAAUUUCUGUCAGAAUACCAGUGAUUGGUGAAAGUAGAAAAAACUUCAUAGAGCUAAUUCCUUACUUUCCAAAGUGUGGAAAUGAUUGCCGAAGACAUCAUAGCUAUCAAGAGCAAUGCACUGAAAAUCCUGGCAAUGCCCUGCUGGAUCAGGCCCAAGACCCAUCUAGUCCACCAUCCUUUUUUCACACAGUGACCCACCAGAUGCCCCUGGGGAAUCCACAGGCAAGAGAGGCCACUGCAAAUUCUGUAAGCAUACUUGCUGGCAUACUUGCUGUUUUAUUUGUGGUGUGUGUGAUGGCUGCUGUACUAUAUUUAUGCAAAAAGCAUGAUGCAGUCAGGAUGUGGCCUGGUUUCUAUCCUGCAAUGCAACAAACACCUGCUAAAAUCCUAGUUAUAUAUCCACAGGAAGUGUGUUUUCAGCAUGUCCUUGCUUUUGCUGACUUCCUACAGGAACACUGUCACAGUGAUGUCAUUAUAGACAUGUGGCAAAAACGGAGAAUUGCUGAAAUAGGGCCGGUACAGUGGCUUGCUACUCAGAAAGAAAUUGCUGAUAAAGUAAUCUUUCUCAGCCCAAGCUUUGCAAGCCCAGAACGUGAUUCAGCUUGUAAAAUGGCCAGAGAGACUGUCAAUAGCAACUCUGAAUGUAUGUUCACUCUUGCGUUUAACCUCUUCUGCGGUGACUGGAAAAACCAGUCUUCUCUCCACAAAUACAUGGUAGUUUAUUUCAAUGAAAAAAGUUCAGUUAAGGAUCUUCCAAGUGCUCUGAACAUCUGCCCCAAAUAUUUUCUAAUGAAGGAUAUUGAAUCUUUUUGCAGAGAGCUCUCUCCUUCACAGAGACCGAUGUGUGAAGGCACAAAAUCAAAGUGUAGCUGGCUAUCUAAGAUGAAAAGCAGAUUACACAUGUAGGACUUCAAUAUUGGUAAUAAACUCAAACUCAGUCCAGGUUUCGAAAGCCUAUUCCCCUACUCAAAAAAAAGAAAAGUCUUUUGUACGUUGACAGCUCUUAUACAACAUGUACUCAUGGAUUAUGUCAUGCAUCUGUUCUAUAAGGAGCAGAUAAACACAUUUUAAAAACACCCCAUGUAGAGCACAUAGAACUGGGCACAGGGACUUUUGUCCUGGCACAGAUGCUAGCAACUUCCUACUACAAAUAUUUGUAUACCACUCUUCAACCAAAGUUCUCAAAGCAAUUUACAUAGGAAAAUACAUAAAUAAGAUGGUCCCAUCCGCAAAGGGCUCACAAUCAAAAAAAGGAUAAGGCAGAUACCGGCCACAGCAGGGAUGGUGUGCUGGAGUUGGAUAGGGCCAGUUGUGCUCUCUGCUAAAUGUAAGAGAAUCACCACUUUAAAAGGUGUGUCCUUGUUCAGUUAGCAGGGGUCACCUGAGCUGGAUGCGUCUAAUAGCAAUGAAGGGGAAGGGAAGUUGACUGUCCAAUAGAGCAAAGUAGUUUUACUUCAUUUGUGGCUAAAUCAGGUGGCAUAGUGGGUUACCAGUUCAGCCUUCCAGCCAUUGGAGCUACCACUCAAUGCUCUUCAGUGCACUUUUGGAGGGGGCAAGGAUGAGUCUCACAAGCUUGCAACUGAAGCUUUGGAAGUGUGAAUUCCCUUUCAUACAUGUGCAAAUUCACAUUCUUGUUUAUGGUUAUAAAAUAAAGUAACAGACUGUCUUAUGA